CGAAAGUUCAGCUGUUGUUUUGCGUUGAAACGAAAGCGCAUUUUCUUUGCAGCGUGAAUCAGCAGACCAUGCCGUGGACGCAUGUACGAAGCUAAACCAGAGAGAGAGACACCACUGAAGACAGCGGGUCACCUGUAGAGGAUGAAGUGCCCAAAGUGUAAUCAUGUUGCUCUGGAGGAGAACGCAAAGUUCUGCAGUCAGUGUGGGACUGUACUGACACAACUCUUAGAGAAAACCCAAACCAUUUUAUCUAACAAAAUACCAGAUGAGUCUACACAGUCUGCGGUUAGUCCAGAGGCAACUGAUGCAGAAAUAACAACAGAAAUGAACCCAGACCCAUCAGACUUGGAUAAUCGUCCAACAACUGUGUCUCCUAAAAGACCAAAUGACAACAGCCCGAAUGUCAAAAAAAAGAAAAAAAAGAAGAGGAAGAAAAGGAAAAUGUCAGGAAAAGAAGGGGGCCCUGUGUCUUUGACCUCUGAUCUCUCUGAUAUCUCCCUGACUGAUAAAGAUGUAGGGAGGACACAUGAGGAAUCAGUGUCCUCUGACAGUGAAGAAUCGGUGUGUCCUAUGGAUGAGAGUGCUGACUUGAACUUAGACACAUCUGCUCAGGCUGAACAACAGACCAGUUUGUCUCCAGGAUCAUCUCUUGUCAGCUCAUUAGAAGACAAAAGUGGGGAUCCCAUGAACCCUGAGGGACCCAAGACACCUGAGACAGAUGCUAACAAGAACCUGUCUUUGGGACAACAAGAUGAAAAGAAUUAUCUUGUAUCAAGAGAAACGCAAGACCAAAAGCCACAGUGUGAUGAAAAACCCACUCAUCAUGACAGUGAAGGUUCACUUUCAACAUCUUCAUUAACAGUAGGACAUGAACAGGUGGAAAACCAAAAGAAAUCAAAGCAUGAGGAACAGAAAGAAGAAUUUAGUUCACAAAAUCAGAAAGAUGAACCUUACAACACACAAAGCCAGAAGAAAGAAUCUAAGGAAGGACAAAGCCAGAAAGAAGAUUCUAAGAAAUCACAAAGCCAGAAAGAGGAGUCUAAGAAAUCACAAAGCCAGAAAGAGGAGUCUAAGAAAUCACAAAGCCAGAAAGAGGAGUCUAAGAAAUCACAAAGCCAGAAAGAGGAGUCUAAGAAAUCACAAAGUCAGAAAGAAGUUUCUAAAAAAUCACAAAGCCAGAAAGAUGAGUCUAAGAAAUCACAAAGCCAGAAAGAUGAGUCUAAGAAAUCUCAACUCCAGAAAGAUACUUCUGACAAGACACAAAGCAGGGAUAAUCCAACUAAUGAGGCACAGUCCAUUCUAGAUCAGAAUGCCAAUGUUGAUCAUUCUACAAAUGCUAGGUCUGCAUCAGGCACAUCAAAAACAAAGAGCCUAAACCAGAAGGAAAAGAAACCUGAAAUGGUGUUUGGAACACAGGGCAAAUCUGAGGUGAAGAACCAAAUAAGCUCCAGUGUUGAUCCACCAUGCGAGAAAAUUCAACCUCUGCAGUCUGCUCAUGGAAAAGGAGACGCAUCAAGUGCCCAUAGAAGUCCAGAGACCAAGAAGAAAAGCAAAAAUGAAGAGACGGAUACAAAGAAAGAUGCGCCUCCAGAGAGAAUUCCCACUUCAACUCAGCAGAUUUCUGCAAGUGAGAGACUUACCAUUUACUUCCAUGCUGUCUUGUCAAAGGACUUUAAGUUUGUCCCAAAUGAAGAUCGCAUAUUUAUAAGAGCUGGACCUCAAAUUAGUGAUUGGAAAACUAAUCUGGUGGAGCUGUCUGUGACACGGAAUCUCGAUGAACAUGGAUUUCUUGUUGAAGGGUAUUUGGUAUCUACAAAAGCCAAAGCAGAAGCUGUGUCAAUACCUUACAAGUAUGUGAUAUAUAAAAAAAAAAAGGAUAAAUACGAGUAUGAGUUUAUCUAUAAAGCAGAUACGACUGAACACACAAACCGAUGUCUUUUUGUUAAACAUCAACUACUAAAUUCAGAGGGAGACUGGCAUCAGUAUGAUGACAUAAUCUGUGCAGAACCAUCUAAGGGCGUGUUUAAAAGAAUAAAGGAUUUUUGGUCUGAACAGAGGAAGAGUGUGAUCGAAGGAAGAGAGAUUGCAGGAAGAAUUAUGCUUGAGACUAUCUUUGAUUUUCUCAAAAGCUGGACUGACCUCAAUUUCAGAAACUUUAUUACACAGCUCAAGCAGUUUCAUCAGAUCUAUGGAAACCCUUUUGUGUUUGAAGAGAAGGGGAAACAGUGGUCGAGCUUAAACUACACUGAAAAAGAUGUAAGUAUCCUUAUAAAGAACUUUAUGGUUGAAAACGUCACUCCAGAACUGCAGAAAGAUGACUCUUCAAAAAAAAGUAAAUACAUUCAGGAACCUCUGAAGGCUGCUCUCCUCAUGCUGUACUUAUGGAAACAGUAUGACCUUAAGCUAGAAUGGGGAGAACUCAAUCGUCUUUGCUCUGCCCUCUGCCUGCCAAAUCUGCCUAAAGAUGAGUUCCUCCCCCUUUGGACCAACAUUCAAGAGUCGUUUUCAUGCUUAAAAAAUUUGCCUGACAUGUUGGCUGACCUGAUGAACAUUGUGAAGGGAGAAGGAAUGACCCGGUGGAUUGUUGCAAUUCCACUUCUGCAUCUUCUCAAAGGAAUUUCAAAACCAUUUGAACCUGUUUCACUCACUGUGAACUCACAGUAUGAACAGACUUGGGCUGGACUACAAGGACUGAAACUGUCCUAUAGAAAGGCAAUAAAUUCACAAGAUAGAAGAUCCAUGCUGAAUCUCAUAAAGGCAAAUCAUCAUCUUGUGGAAGUGGACACACUGCUGGCUCGAUCGUGGAUGUUCCUAAUGUCUAUUGAUGAGUUGGUGGAAUACAUCACUAACAUCCAUGUGGAGCUUUUGGACAUGUUGCAGCUUUUUAUUAUGAAAACUCCAGCUGAUAUUUCCUACAGCAGUUCCUCAAGUGUCUCAGAUACCCUGACAUUUAUUCAAAGCCAGCUUCUUGAACAAAAGUACAUCUGUUUCUCUGAUGACUAUGGAAGGAACUGCUUAUGUGUAGCUGUGAAGCUUUUGGAGAAGAUAUGCGAAGGAGUGAGGUCUUCCUACAGCAAUAAUUAUUCAGACAUUCCAAUAGCUUGCUUGAAUCUUGUGGUGUCAGUUUCAAACUUUUCCCAGUCUCUUCAUAAGCAGAAGAUUCAAGAAGAAGGCUUUGUAAAAACAACAGAGAAAAGCUCAAAGAUCCUUGAGCUUUUGUCAGUUGCCCAGAAAACUAUCAGAAAAUGGAUAGGACAGACUUAUAAGGCAAAACUGUUGCAUCGCUUCAUUUGGAGUUCCAACCUUACACCAGAGAUAGAGAUGUGGAACAACAUUAUCUCCAUCAGCUUUGAAAGUGAGGAAUUUACCAAGGAUUGGAGGGACACAUUUACUAGAGAUUUUGAAGGAAAAUUUCAGCAGGAAUCAUCAGUAGACCAAAUUGAGGUAUACUGCAGUAAGAUUGAAGAACUUAAGGAUAGCCAUCCUCAUGUGGCAAAAAGUAUUGAGAAGUGUGCCCUACAAGCUGUUACCUUAAUGUGCCAGACAAAGACUGAAGCAGCCCUAUUUGAAAAAUUCAAAAUAAACUGGAAGUUUGGAAAGCUUAUCUCUGAAAUUAUUCAGAAGUCAUGGCCAAAAACCGAGAGGGGGUCAUACCAGGAAAGUGAAGAGGUGGUUCUCCAGCACCUUCUUAACUGGACAGCAGCCAAGAAUAUUUUCCAACUUCAUGGUGCUGAUGAAAAACUAAUCGAUCAACUCAGCGAAGAAGCUAAGGAACGACUUGCUAUGGCCACAUCAUUAUUUACAAGUAUUACAGAUCGGCUAAUCAGAGGAAGCAUACAGAUUAAAGCUCUCAAUCACAUCUUGGCAAAGAAAAAUACUUUUACAGAGUUGGUAAAAAUAGAUUGUCUUUGUGAAAAUGAAAAAUGCAAGGAUACAAAUGCAAUGAAGAGGCUGCUUCAGUUGAGAGAGGAUGAGGUAAAAUCCAUAUAUCAUGACAGUGAGCUUGUUAAAGGACUCAUUGCAAUGUGCCGAAAUAUUCAGGAGCAUGUAACAGUUGAUUUUGGGAGUCUAGAAGCAAAGCAGCAGAUUGACAUCGAUGAUAAGGAACUGAAUAUGUUCAUGGAGGUUCAUCCAUUUAAUCAGAUCGCAUCUCCUAUGGCUGGUGUCGUCACUUACUAUGACCUUGAUGAUGAUGUUCGCCACAUGGCCGAGACUCUACACACAUUUAAAGAGAGCUAUAUUUUUAAGUUAUGCUGGGAAAACCAAGCUAAAACCUUUGCUCAAAGGGAUGCUGAUGACUGCGAGUCAGAUGAAGAGGAAGAUUUGUUGGCUACAACUGAUUUAAUUUAUGAAGAUGUAUUUCAACCCUGCUACAGUGAAUACCAGACGAUAUAUGAAAGCUUAAAAGAUGGCAGCAUGACCUUUGAAGAAGUUGAUCUGAUAUUUAAAGCCUACAUCGGAAAAUAUGUAGAACUAACAGAAGAUGCUACAAUUAUGUCCAAGCUGGAUCCUGCAGAUGACAAGCGGUGGAUUCAGAGAAGGAUUCAACAGAUAGAGCAGUAUCACGAGCUACACUUGGCAGUGGAGUCGGCUCAAGUAGUCAUGAGGGUGAAGCACACGCUUGGGCUUACAGGAGACUUCCAGGUCUUGGAGAAGUUGCUUAUAGUUACAGACUUGGGUUUUAAGAAAGAGCCUCUUGACCGCAUUGACAAUGAGCUAAUGCAGGCCAAAACUGUACUUGUGGACAUCACAGAGCCUCGAAGACUUUGUCUCCAGGAGCUGGGCCAAAGGAAGAACUUUGUUAUGUGGGUCAAGGAAGCUCUUGAAGAUAUCAAUGAGCUAAAGGUGUUUGUGGACUUGGCCUCUAUCUCUGCGGGUGAAAAUGAUCUGGAUGUUGACAGAGUAGCCUGUUUUCAUGAUGCUGUUCUUGGCUACUCCUCAAUAUUAUAUGAACUUAAGUCAGAUACUGGCUUCAGUGUUUUUAAGGAGGUAUUGAAGAAGCUUUGGAAGGCACUUGAUAACGAUCCCAACCUUCCAAAGAAACUGCGUGACACUGCAAGACAUCUUGAAUGGUUAAAGACGGUUAAGGACAGCCAUGGAUCUGUAGAACUAUCAUCUCUGUCAUUGGCUUCAGCUAUCAAUACAAAAGGAAUCUACAUGAUCAGUGCAGAGAGCCAAAAAAAGUUGAGUCUGGAUAAAGUCUUGAAGCUACAAAUACCAGAGGAACAUGAUGAUGGCCAUGAGAUGCGAUGUUACUCUCUUGAAGACCUCAGGGACCUUCAGAAUAAGCUGAUGCUCAUGUCUGGCAAAGGGGAGCAAGGCCAAAAUGAAGUUGAUCGAUUUGCAGAGGUUUUUGCCAGUGUACAGAGAUUAGGUUCUGCCUUUAUUGACUUAUUUGUGGCUGGAAAUCCAUUGUUUAGACGUUGGGAGGCAAUCGUCCACUGUAAUAGUAAAGAAGCAUCUAUUGUCAUCGACUUCAACCUGGCAAAUGUUGUCAGUGUUGUCAUGGUAAAAGGUGAUGUGGCAGAGCAGCUUUUAGAAGUCUGUAAGAAAAUGGAACGUUGCCUCAGUUUUUGGAAUGAUUUCAUGGACAAGCAAAGAUCUCAGAAUUACUUCCUCAACUAUUUUACAGCAGAGCAGAUAGUUUAUCUGUGUGGUCAGUUGACCCAGAAAAAUCUGGCAAAGCUGGAUGAUCAAGCUCUCAUGAUGCUCUCUUUUAUCAAACCGAAUUGCACUGCUAUCAACUUGAGACAGAGCUGGCAUGCUCUUCAGUAUGAGAUGCUUAUGAAGCCUUCUAAGCAAAAUGAAGAUAUUGAUUUUCAAACCUUUGCAAAUGUUCCAAAUCAGACUGAAUAUGAAAUGGAUAUUGAAGGUGUCUCUGCUUCUGAUUUUGGUCCAGAAAAUGAUACUGGAAGGUUUGACGCGAUUUGGAAUACAUACAUGAGAAACAUGAAAAAAUUUCUUUCCAACACUCUUGAUGUUCGAAGUCUGGGAAGACUUUUGGAAAUUUUGUCUGAUAUCCCUAGUGAAAUUGAGGCAGAUUCUGAUGAUGAAGAUGAGGGUGCUACCAAAAAGCAUCAGAGAAAUGUACAAAGAGAGCUACCAAGGGGACUGGUCAUUGGAAAGCCUAAUCUCAUUAUCUGUCCUCUGACAGAGAUUCAGACAUCUUGUAUCUCUAUUUACAUGAGCAGUGAAGAUGAACCUCUGCCCACCUAUGAUGAAGUGCUCCUCUGCGAUUCUUCCACCUCCUACGAGCAGGUAGAGCUGUUUCUUAGGCGAUGUCUUACAGCUGGUUACAAGGGACAGAAGAUAUACACCAUGUUGUAUGUAGAUCAGCUAAGCUAUGAAGUGAGCUACAAAGUAGAACAAUUUUUCCAACGUCACAAGUCCCAAAGCAGAAAUGACUACAGGCUAGUGUUAAUCUGUAGUACUGAUCGAGAACAUGCCUACCUUCCCUCAGUCUUCAGUCAGUUUCGGCUGCACAUGGUACCCCAAGAACCCCUAAACAGAAUUCAAGAAUACCUUGCCAAGCACUACACUGUCCCAAAUGAUCAUUCAAGUGCUGCUUCCGUUUUUCAAAACAAAAAGUUUGUGGGAGUUGUAUCUUCGAAAAGAGCUGGUGUUGGCAAAUCGCUUUAUAUACAUCGGUUGUAUGAAAGAUUGAAGUUGAUUACAAAGAAACCAUCACAACUCAAGUGUAUCCGGUUGAUAGAGCCAAAAGUGGAUGAAAAUGCUGUCCUUCAGUCAAUGCUUAGCUGCCCUAAGAGGGAUCUAACCAUCUUUCAUUUUGAUGUAACGUCUUCGGUGCAGAAGGGCCUCCACGAAUUUCUUUUCCGAUUACUAGUCUUGGGUUACCUCUUGGAUUCAGAAGGAAGAAUGUGGAAAUGCAACAGAAGGCACCUAUACAUUAUAGAGCUUCUCCAGUCUAAUGCAAAUGUGCACAGAAUCAGCCAAAGAUCUGGUGUAAGUGUCCCGUCAGCCUUUACAGACGUGUUUCCAAGUGUCUACUGCCGUACUCCAAAAGAGGUCCUUGAGCUAGAAAUGAGAAACACAACUUUGGCUGAUGACCCUCUAAUGGAUGAUAAAGAAUUCAGGAGUGAAGCCUACCAGCGCCCAUACCAAUAUCUAAAACGAUUUCACCAAGGAAACAGCUUGGAUGGGUUUUUGUACCGAGGAAUUGAAGGAACCCAUGUGGAAUGCCUACAGUUGCUGUUUUUGUACUGUGGUGUCAUAGACCCUUCCUGGGCCGAGUUAAGGAAUUUUACAUGGUUCUUGAACCUGCAGUUACGAGACUGUGAGACAUCUGUAUUUUGUGAUGCAUCCUUUACAGGAGACACUUUGCAGGGGUUUAAAAACUUUGUGGUUGAUUUCAUGAUACUCAUGGCUAAGGACUUUGCUACACCUUCUCUGAGCAUCUCUGACCAGAGCCCAGGGAGGCAACAAAUGGACAUUUCAGGUGUUAAUGAAGAAGACCUUGCUCCAUUCAGGAUCAGAAAGAGAUGGGAAUCAGAACCUCAUCCGUAUAUUUUCUUCAAUGAUGAUCAUGUGUCCAUGACAUUUAUUGGCUUUCAUCUGCAGCCAAAUGAUCAGAACUGGGUGGAUGCUAUUGAUCCAUCAACACAAAGAGUGAUUAAAAAGAACAUCAUGACUAAAGAUCUGUAUGAGGGUCUCAGGCUUCAGAGGGUUCCUUUUAAUAUUGACUUUGAUAAUCUUCCAAGAGGCGAGAAAAUUGAGCGAAUCUGCAAUGUUUUGGGAAUACAGUGGCCCCUUGAUCCAGAUGAAGCUUAUGAGCUGACUACUGACAACAUUCUUAAGAUUUUAGCUAUUCACAUGCGCUUCAGGUGUGGUAUUCCUGUCAUCAUUAUGGGUGAGACAGGGUGUGGGAAGACCAGGCUGAUUAAAUUCCUAUGUGAAUUGCGAAGGAGUGGAGUUGCCACAGAGAAUAUGAAACUAGUCAAAGUCCAUGGAGGAACAAGCUCGGAGAUGAUUUAUACCAAAGUGAGAGAGGCAGAGACCAUUGCUUGUACAAAUAAACAAGAUUAUGGUUUUGACUCUGUAUUGUUCUUUGAUGAGGCAAACACAACAGAGGCCAUCAGCAGCAUUAAGGAAGUACUGUGUGAUAAAACAGUAGAGGGUGAACUCAUGAUGCCAAACACUGGCUUGCAAAUUAUUGCAGCAUGUAACCCAUACAGAAAACACACAGAUGUGAUGAUUAAGAGAUUGGAGUCUGCUGGUUUGGGAUACAGAGUGCGAGCUGAAGAAACUGAUGAAAAGCUUGGAUCAAUUCCUCUCCGUCAACUUGUAUACAGGGUGCAGGCCUUGCCUCCGAGCAUGAUUCCAUUAGUUUGGGACUUUGGACAACUUAAUGAUCAUACUGAGAAAAUGUACAUUCAACAAAUAGUCCAAAGGGUGGUUGAAAACAAUUCUUUCCCUGAGCACUACAUCAAGAUCAUCACAGAUGUCUUAUCCGCUUCACAGAAAUAUAUGAGGACAAGAAAUGAUGAAUGUAGUUUUGUAAGUCUGAGGGAUGUUGAACGUUGCAUGCAAGUGUUUGCAUGGUUCUACCAAAAUAAUGAGAUGUUGCUGUCAGAACUUGCUAAGUAUGAAAGUAUUCAGAGAGCACAAAAAAGUGAACAAAGUCUAAGAGUUAAUGACGAAAGGGACCCCAUUCUCUGGUCCUUAGUAAUGGCUGUCGGUGUGUGUUACCAUGCCUGCUUGGAGGACAAAGAGAAGUAUAGGACCAAAAUCUGUAAAUACUUUACAAGUUUAUACAACCCAGUCAAGUUAAUGCAAGAAAUUUCAGUUAUGCAAGAUCUUUUUCUGAGCGGGGUUCCAUUAGGUGAAACAAUUGCAAGAAAUAAUGCUUUAAAGGAAAAUGUUUUCAUGAUGGUCAUUUGCAUUGAGCUGCGAAUUCCUCUCUUCUUGGUUGGGAAGCCUGGAAGCUCAAAAUCCCUCUCUAAAACCCUUGUUGCAGAUGCUAUGCAAGGUCAAGCAGCUCAUUCUGACUUGUUUAGAAAGUUAAAACAGAUUCAUCUGGUAUCAUUUCAGUGCAGUCCUCAUUCCACACCAGAAGGCAUCAUCAACACAUUCAAGCAAUGUGCCCGUUUUCAGGAGGGCAAGAAUUUGAAUGAGUAUAUCUCAGUGGUGGUCCUGGAUGAAAUUGGUCUUGCUGAGGAUUCUCCUAAAAUGCCCCUGAAAACCCUUCAUCCACUUCUUGAGGAAGGGUGCAUAGAUGAUCAGCCCCUGCCUCACAAGAAGGUUGGGUUCAUUGGUAUAUCUAAUUGGGCUUUAGACCCAGCAAAGAUGAACAGGGGAAUAUUCGUUUCUCGUGGUGAUCCUGAUGAGAAAGAGUUGAUUGAGAGUGCCAAAGGUAUCUGUUCUUCUGAUGCAAUGGUUCUUGAAAAGGUUAGGGAUUUCUUUCAGCCUUUUGCUCGUGCAUACCUGAAAAUCUGCAAAAAGGAAGGGAAAGGGUUUUUUGGCCUGCGUGACUAUUACAGCUUGAUUAAAAUGAUAUUUGCUGUUGCCAAAGCAUCAGAUCAAAAGCCAAAUGCAGAUCAGAUUGUGGUGGCUGUGUUGAGAAACUUUAGUGGUAAAGACACUAAGAAGUCUGUAGAAGUCUUCACUGACAGGCUUUUUAUCAAAUCUAACCUUGAAAGUAUUGAUACAAUCGAGCUUGUGAGACAAAAUAUUACAGCAGUUGCUCAAGAUGAGGAGUGUCGCUACCUGCUCGUUCUAACAAAAAAUUAUGCGGCUCUACAGAUUCUUCAGCAAACAUUCUUUUCUGAACAGUACCAACCUGAAAUCAUCUUUGGCUCAAGCUUCCCUAAAGACCAACAGUACACCCAGAUUUGCCGCAACAUUAACCGUGUCAAGAUCUGCAUGGAAACUGGUCAAACCAUUGUGCUUCUGAAUUUGCAAAACCUGUAUGAAAGCCUAUAUGAUGCACUCAAUCAGUACUAUGUUUGUCUUGGAGGUCAAAAGUAUGUGGACUUGGGGCUUGGAACUCACCGUGUAAAGUGUAGAGUACACAAGGACUUUCGGCUCAUAGUGAUUGAAGAGAAGGAAGUUGUCUACAAACAAUUUCCCAUUCCUCUGAUUAACAGGUUGGAGAAACACUACCUGGACAUUAACACAGUGCUAAAGAAUGAACAAAAGCAGCUUGUCAAAGAACUGGAAAAAUGGGUUUGCCUUUUUAGCUCAUCUAAAAGUCAGCAUUCACCUGCUGCCCAGGCAGUACAAUACUGCCCAGCUGAUGUUUUCAUUGGAUAUCACUCUGAUACGUGUGCCUCAGUCAUCUUGCAAGUUAUGGAGAAACAGAAAGCGGGGAUGGAACUUUCUGACCCUCAGCGACAACUGUUGGAUGAAGCCAAACUAAUCCUAUUGAACUGUGCCACACCAGAUGCAGUGGUCCGCUUAGACAGUUCAGCCCUUUCCAAAGUGGAAAGUGAACACCUAGCAAGAGAAUACUUUGAAAACCAGAAGCACAGCUGUAUGGCCGACUUUGUUUUUGCUCACAUCCAGCAGGAAGAGUGCAACCAUGUCUCUUUCACUGAGGUAACUACCUUCUCAAGACUUCUGACAGCAACAGACAUUGGUCAGCUACAGGAAGUGAUUCCAAACAUCGAGUUACUUGCAUUGCAACAGUUUGACACAGAGCAUUCUUUUCUAAAGAAAAUUAGGAACUUUUUAGACAGUAUCUCUGGAAACAAGCUGCUCAUAAUUCAGACUGAUUUUGAUGAAGCCCUACAAAGCUCCAACCUUAUUGCGUCAGCCAAGUACUCCUGUAUUGGUGAAAUUAACAAAUUCAAGAAGGAUCAGAACAGUAAGAUGUUUGUUUACUUCAUUACCAAACUACCAAGAGUGGAAGGCGGAACGUCUUAUGUUGGAUUUCAUGGAGGUCCCUGGAAAUCAGUCCACAUAGAUGACCUUAGAAGAUCAAAAGAUAUUAUCUCUGAUAUUAAAGCAUUGCAGUGUCUUACUAUCAGUCAGCUGUUUAAGGAAAAGGAAGAUCAGCCUGAGGCUAUGGAGACAGAGGACAUGUACAGAGAAGAAGAAGGCAAAAAAAUGGAGCUAGAAGAAACUAUAUCCUGGGAGAAUGUUCUGGAUACCACGGCGCUGGUGCGUAGCUGUGUUCAGAGUGCAGUGGGCAUGCUGAGAGACCAGGGGGAUCUUGGUUGUCGCAGCACUAAAAGAGUAGAAAUUCUGUUAACUCUUCUAUCUGAUAAUGAGGAACUUCAAGCUACAUUUUUGAAAACCAUGAAGCGCCGUCUUCAUUUUCUGUUGAUGAACCAUGAUGAACACACAGUCUCAGCAAAGAACUGGGUUUUCAAAGAAGCAUCCUGUAUUGAUUCUCUACAAGAGGGUGGGACAUUUAGAAAUACCUUAUGGAAGCGACUUCAAGCCGCAGUUAUUCCCUUCCUGGCACAGCUGGUCUCAGUUAUUGACCGUGACCAUAAUCUUGACAUCCUGCUAGAUGAAAACUCAGGUGAAUCAGUGAAGAAACUGUGGUUGGACAUCUUUGGAAAUCUUAAGUUGUUAAAUGUUCCAUAUGCAAGAGUGGACUCAAACUCAGCAACAAAGACAAUUUUUGUCCAGAACUCUAUUGUGGUUCAUAGAACUACAGGCUGCUUAAUGCCAUUCAGCUGGAUAAUCAAAGAUUAUUUAGAGGAGCUCUGGGUCCAUGCACUGCACAGAGAAGGCCACACUUUGAAACAGUUUGAGGAGUUCUUUUGGAAGACUCCACUCGGCCGCUAUAUUGCAGAAGCUCAACCAGAAAUGCAGGUGGAGUUUUUCCAAAGAUAUCUUCAGGAUUUCAUCUCUUUAACAACAAACAUAACAACAGAUCAUGAACUACAGCUCCUAGCGAGUGCUCUGACAUGCUGUGUUAAUGAAUUGCGAAGCCGUCAGGAUGCAGAACAAAAUGAUCUGACUUCUUUACCCUGGAUCCAUGCUGCCUACCAUGAGUUUAAGAACCGCCUGCAGAACUUCUCCAGAAUGAUCACUAUUGAGCCCCAGAUUGCUCAGGUGCUCCUGGGCAACACACAGUCCAGAGAAGGCAUAGAAAUGAUGCUAGAUGUGUAUGCUGCCAUGGCCUGUGUUGAGUAUCUGGAGCCCCAGGGCCUUGAUGCUUUUCCAAAUUCUGUGGCCUGGCUGCGACAGGUGAAGAAGUUACAAGUGCCGAUUGAGUUGGUCUGUUCAGAGGAGAGCAUCCAGCAUUAUGGAGAAAGAAGCAAAACAAUAAUUACUCAUGUCCAACACGGGUGGCGACGAAUCCAUACCCUUUCCCUAUUCGUUGAACAUAUGGUUCUUGGUGUAGAGGACAUAGAGAAGAAUCUCAAACCAUUAGUCCUUAAGCACACACAACAGUUGGCUCAAGUUUUGGGCAAGAAUUCUGACCUCAAAAAGAAAAUGCCAUUUGAGGCAGUUAUUACCGUACUCAAAAACUGCAAAGAUGGAGCAAAUGAUCAGAUUUUUAGGUUUGGUUUUCAGCCUUGUCCAGUGUGCAUGGGAGAUCCUCAUGAUCCUCUCAGUCUUCCUUGUGAUCAUAUCUACUGUUUAGCCUGCAUUAAGCAGUGGCUGAUCCCUGGACAGAUGUACUGCCCACUCUGCAUGCAAGCAGUUGCUGAUGAUUUUGACCUUAAGCCAUCCAAAGCCAUUCAGUCCCUGAUCAAACAAAAUGGCCGCUUCAGAAAGCAGUGCAAUGCCUUCUUUAUCGACCUUGUCUCCACCAUCUGCUUUAGAGACAACUCGCCACCUAAUAAAGCCAUUAUCCUUCACCUGCUGUCCUUCCUCAUGGUGGAGGCAAUGUCUGUACCUAUUGUCCAAGGCACUGCUCGCCGAUUUUUGACCAAGGCUCUGUCUCCUUUUGAUGAUUCAGUGGACAAAAACCCUGUAGUACGCUCUGUAGUGCUUAAACUGCUCCUCAAGUACAGCUUUGCUGAUGUGAAAGUCUACCUUCAGCAGCAUCUUGCAGGAGUGGAGCAGAGUAACAUCUUGGAGAAAGCUGAUAAAACGGAGCUUUAUUGUCUAUAUAUAAACUGUCUUGAGGACUCGAUGUUUGAACGGACCCAGUGGCAUUCUGUGGCUGAGCAGCAUGCCUGUCUUCUGGAGGAGAAGAACUUUCUGAUGGAAUUCCUACAAACUAAAGCUGUGACUACAGAAUCUGUGACUAUAGAGCUUCUACAGCAGGUGGCAAGGACUCGCCUCUGUUUAGAUAUGGCAGCAGAUCUUUUAGUCAGCAGAAGCUCCACUGCAGAUGCCCAAAAGGAGAACUCACCUGGAGUGGCUGCAUUCUUGGAUUCAGUUCAGGAUCUGUGCAAACAAAGCAGAAAUGACUGGUACAGGGUCUACCUCAUCAGAAAAAUCUGUAGUCUUCAUGGAGUAGAAUACAUCCAGAAACUUCUACAUGAAGAUCGGCUUAGCUGGAUGUUUCCUAAAGAGAUUCUUCAGAUGAGAAAAGACGGUAAUCAAAUCGACCAGUAUCUGGUCUGUGGUGUGGAGUACAAGGCUAUCCGAGAAGCAGUUGCCACGGCCAUGUUACAAUCGAAAAUGAAAAUAAUAGAGGAAGCCUGUGAGAUUUGCAGAUGUUCACCCAUGAAGAAGAAUGUGUACGUUUUGUUAGCUCUGUUUAGAGAAGUCACCACUUUGUACAGAGCUAACAAUCCCAACAUAAACCCUAAGCCUGAGCAACUGGCAGUACUUGAAGAAUUCAUCAAGAAAUCCAAAGUUUUUCUCACUCCAGAAUCCAGGAUCUUUGCUCACGCUCUGGUGUCUAACAAGUUGCCUGACCUGCAUAUACAUCCCAAUUUAUCGGGUGAUGAAUAUGUAGUUCUGGAGCUCACUGUUCACCUGGCUGCAGUGCUUCAUUGUUCAAACCAAGCACUCAUGAAGCCCCUGUUUCAACUUGCUUUCUUUCCUACCAACAUGCAGAGAGCUUUCUUACCCACAAUGCCAGAUGACAUGCUUGCUGUUGCCCAGCAGGCCAUGGGGCAACUGCAGUGGUACUAUUGUCCAAAUGGUCACCCAUGCACUGUUGGUGAGUGUGGUCAGCCAAUGGAGAAGAGUCGCUGUCUAGACUGCAAUGCAGAUAUUGGAGGUACUGACCACAGACCUGUUCCAGGCUUCCAGGCAACUGUAUUACAGGGGGACCGUACACAGACAGGACACAUCCUGGGGGAUUCAAAUCGCAGGGAUCAGCCAGAUAUGCAGGACACAAAGAACAUGUCUCCUGCUCCAUUCACCCUGCUCAGGAUGUUUACACACAUGGCCAUGCUGUUGGGAGCCUCUAAGCAGCCCCAGGUUAUGACCACAAUCAUUAAACCCCCUGUGGCGCACCCUGGAGUUUUUCUGAUGGGCCACCUAAAGAAGGAUAUGGAGCAGCUAAUCAGAGCUCUUGGAAAGGGUGCAGAUGACACAGCUUGCACUGUCCACCUGACCAUUUGCAGUCUUUUAGAGCCGCAUCAGCCUGCUCAAUGGCCUGCAAAUUAUGAUGAGCUACUUUCCUCAAAAGAUGCCAGAAAUAACUGGGAGAUGACUAUGACCACUGAUAUUAUUACACAGCAGCUAAAGGUUUUAGAGCUUCAACUGGCGAAAGUAAACACCUUCAUCAGAGAUGAUGAGAGGGUGUCAUCUAACCCAGUGAUGAAGGUGACAUUUGGAGAGCCGCAACUAUUCCUGCGCACUCUACCUCAAGGUUCUUUGAUACAUGGCUCAGCAGUGUGGAGCUGCAGGCAGCGUGUCUCUCUUUUAAGCCUGGGCCACAUUUUGGAGCAGAAUGGAGGCAGGGACACACUUCCUAUCCUCUGGAAGUUCCUACAGAAGGAGGCAGAGCUGAGGUUGGUGAAGUUCCUCCCAGACAUUCUUGCACUUCAGAGGGAUCUGGUAAAAAGGUUUCAGAAUGUGGUGGAGCUUCAAGGUGGCACUAUAACACAGUUCCUGCAGAGUCUAAAAGCAGCAUCUUUAAUGACUUUGUAUGAAAAACGCAUUAAUAUCUUCCUGUCCACUUGGAACCAACUGAGAGGAUCUCUGGCUAUUAAUGGAGAGAUCAAGCUCCCAGCUGAGUAUUGCCUAGAAGACCUAGAUCUUAGUGCUGAGCUGCAAGUGCUGCUGCCACGAAGACAGGGUCUGGGUCUGUGCUCCACUGCUCUAGUCAGCUAUCUAAUUGCUCUGCAUAAUGAUUUAAUCUAUGCAGUGGACAAGCAUACUGGAGAAGAGACUGGUUACAUGGUCAGUCCAGCAGACCUAACAGAGCUCCAUGUGAUCAGAUAUGAGGUAGAACGAGACCUACUACCCCUUGUGCUUUCUAACUGCCAGUACAGCAUGGAGCGUGGCCAUGAGACACUGUCCGAAUAUGACCUGCCUAAGAUCCAGCAGCAGCUUCUUUCACGGUUCCUGCAGGGCAAGCCAUUCAUCAGCCUCAAUGGAAUUCCGACACUUGUGAACAGACAUGACAGGAAUUAUGAAAAUAUCUUCCAGGACGUGAAGGGCAAAGUUCAACAAGAGUCUUUGUCCUCACUGAGCCAGUCCACACUGUCUAUGGAGUUGCAGUCCUACAGUGACGUGUGUGAGGCAUUGUCCACUGUGGAAGUAGCCCUGGGCUUCCUGGCUAUGACUGGAGGAGAAUCCAACAUGCAGCUGGGCGAUUACCUGAAGGACGAAUUACAAAUGUCUGACCACAUAGCUCUGCAUGUACUUAAGGCUCUGAGUAGGUGCUGUCUGAAACACUGUGUAGCCCUGUGGCAGCUUCUCACCUCUCUCAAAUCUGAGACAAUGCUACGUCUUAAGAGGGACCCAUUUGUAGGAAUAAGUAAGGAGUACAAGAAAACUCUGGGAGAAGAGGAAAAAGGACUGCUUAGUGGCUUUUUCACAAAGACCAGUGCGGAUUCAUUCUUGCUAGAAAUGCACGAGUUUCUGCUGCUGGUCUUAAAGAACCCAAAUGCAACCGACACCUACAAGCCCAACUGGAGCAUAAAGGACACUGUGGUGUCCUACAUGGAGCGAAAAGACAUGGAUGUCCCUCCAGAUGUGGAAGAGUUGUUCCCUGAUGAGAUACUUUUAGCACAGUAUGUUGAGGCCUGGAAGUUCUUUAUCCUCUUCAAGCAAGAGCGAAUGCAAAGAUAAAACAUAUCAAAGUUUCCCAUCCUCACCCUUUCCUACACUCCAUACAACAGCAUUCAUUCUCAAAGUAUUUCCAUUACAAUCAUCAUACUUAAGCAGCAUUUUCAAAUUGGGUGAUUGUGAGACAAAAAGUGCCACUUGUGUCCACAGUACAUAGAAGUGCAAUAUACAGUAAUAUGACAAUGUUAUUAUAUGCAGCUGCAGUAUUUUUUUAAAGAUAAAAUGACAGUAAAAAUAAGGCCAAGCUAUAAGUUUGCACAAGAUGAGAAACACAUGAAGGCUCAUAAAACCUGUGACAAUUCCUUUUAUAAGCAUGCAGUUUUGCUGCAAUAUUCCACUGGUAUUACACAGCUUGUCAUUGAACAUUUGUUUACAUUAAUUUGCUGGUUUUAUUUUCCACAGAAACUUUUCAGAGAUUUGUCCUGAUUAGGGUACUAGUUAAGUAGUCUACAUUUGUUCUCAGGGACAUUUUGAAAAUCACUUUAGCUCUGGGAUUAAAUUAGGAUAAAAACUUGCUUUUUGAUUCUCUGGGACCAGAUUAGACUUAAUCAUUGUUCUGAGUCAUUGGAAAGAAUCAUAAUGCUGAUUUGAUUUUCUGCUUAGUUGUAUGUAUUAGAAAUUGGUAGAAAAAUCUUUAAAGUGAAGUAAUAACCAAUUGCCUUACACUUUCCCAUUACUCUGUGUUGCACUAUGGCCCUCUGGCCUUAUUUAAAUUUAAGCAAAGUUGUGUAUUUUGAAGUAGUGUUAAAAUUGCUAUGACUCCUAAAUAAAAAAAGUCUCGUAUGUUUAAA